AUGGCGGUGCUCGGGAACCCCGACAUGCUGACCAGGAAGAUCAAACUGUGUCACAUAAAUGCCCACAUUACGUGCCGCCUGUGUGAGGGCUACCUGAUCGACGCCACCACGGUCACAGAGUGCUUACACACCUUUUGCCGCAGCUGCCUGGUCAAGUACCUGGAGGAAAACAACACAUGUCCCACGUGCCGCAUUGUGAUCCACCAGAGCCACCCUCUGCAGUAUAUCGGCCAUGACAGAACAAUGCAGGACAUCGUCUACAAGCUGGUGCCGGGACUACAGGAGGCGGAGUUAAAGAAGCAGAGGGAGUUCUAUCAGAAACUGGGCAUGGAGGUUCCUGGGGACAUUAAAGGAGAGCUGUGCAACAUGAAGACACACCUGGACCAGCGGAACGGCGAGGCUAAGUGUGACGAGCCGGGACACAAGGAGAGCGCAGAUGAGAAGGCUGAGGAGGAUAACGACUACCAUCGCAGUGACGAGCAGGUGAGCAUAUGUCUGGAGUGUAACAGCAGUAAACUCCGCGGCCUGAAGAGGAAAUGGAUCCGCUGCUCGGCUCAGGCCACUGUGCUCCACCUCAAGAAGUUCAUCGCCAAAAAACUCAAUCUCACCUCCUUCAACGAGCUCGACAUUUUAUGCAACGAGGAAAUCCUGGGGAAGGACCACACGCUCAAGUUUGUCGUUGUCACCAGAUGGAGGUUUAAGAAGUCGCCGCUGCUGCUCCACUACAGACCCAAGAUGGACCUGCUGUAG